AUGGGACAACUAAUUAUUAACUGGUGGAAGGAGCGAUGCUCUGUUAUGCUACACGCGGCCCCGUUCACAGGAAAGAAGAUGGCAAAGGAGAUACAAAUUCUAGAUGGCGAAAUGCAAUCCAGAUAUGAAAAACUGCAUGGAGGGGAGGGACUAUGCUGCGCUCUUGUUGAGUUGUUGAACGCCAUGGGAGAGAUAAGGUUGAAGGCCGAAUACGGAGACUACCUGGCAUACACCUGUUCGGCUCUAAAAGCAGAAGGAAUGGAAGAUAUAAUAUGGAAGAUUGAGAGGCUUGACUGGCAGGCAGUCGCUGAGCGAAUCAAAGAAGAGGAACGCACCAAAGCAGAGCGAGAGGCUCGUCGACUCGCGAUUGCUCCCACCCCAUACUUGGACGACGUAGUUAAAGCUGCAGCCAGGCUCGGAUACGACUUCGAUUUGGUUAGAUACCAGAUACUCGCCUACGCCGACAGAAACGAUUUCUGUCACAGCGGAUUGAAGAACAUGAUCCACCAUGGCGACUUUCAGGACUUGGCAGAAAUGCUGAUGCAAGAUAAAAGGUCUCUCGGGAUGAUUUUCCGAGGCAAGCCACAUGCGCAAAUAGAAAUGCGCAGGGUGAUACAAAUCGUUGAGAAAGAAUGGUUCGACAAGAUAUACAUCCAAGAGACAAGCACAGGGCGCCGGGUCAAAUGGGUCCCUACGGAGAAAGCGUUUAAGAGAAUGAGAAGAUCGGCAGCAUCGUACUAG